AUGUCUGGCCUAUGGAGUUUUCGGGAUACGGCUGCUCCCCUACCUUACCUGAGCGAUGCCGCAAGGGCGUCUCUCCCUACUGCUGUUAUUGAUGAUUCCAAGGAUGACAUGGCUGCGGAGGUAAGUGAUACUUCAAUAGAGGACCCAGUGAGGGUUUUUGGUGCAGCAGCUGAUGUGGAUGGAGCUGUUCGGGAGGUGCAGAAUGCGUGGCUUGAGCGCCUUUUGGGCCAUGAGCAGACGCCCCUGUAUCGCCUGCGGUUUCCUCACCAGGAGGCGUCGGGCGUGGCAAUUGAGCCACCUGAAACGCGCGAUUCCGCAUUAUACGGAAGAGAACUCCUGUCUCCCGAGGAAAUGGUUAUCGUGAAAAGUGUGCUGAGAAUGCAGGGAACUGGCAAAGAAGCGAAGGCCAACAGUCGUGGACGGCGACGAUGCUCCAACGCACCCACAACGCCCGUGCUGCAUGCUGCAGCGUUGGCGUCGCAGCGAAAAGGACGGCAAAACCUCAGGGGGGCAAAUGCUGCUUUUGGCACUGGAGUGCUGGCACAAAAGCCAAUUAACCGUGCAAGUGACGCGCACACACAAAAAAGGGAGAGGUUGCUUCACAGGGAUUGCAGUGCUAAGCACACGCCAAGAAUCACGAGACAUGCUCCCGAGAAUCUGACUUGUGACUUUGUAGAGCGCAUGGAAAGGCGAGCUGCCCAGCGACGGCUAGCUCGGUCGGCACUGGGCACUUCAAGGUUGCUUGACAGGGCGACUAGUAACGCUUCCAUCACGCAAAAUCCACCGGCGGAGGGGGCAAAGAAGGCUCGACCAACUUUGCGGUACGAUGCAUUACCGUUGGAGCUCCAAGUUAGUCUGAUAUCGCUCGAGACGCCCCAAAGCAAUGGCAGUGGAUUGGACCGCGAUUGCCAAUAUGAAGCUGUUGCACUUCGGUGGAGUUCUGCCCAUCUAAGGAAAAAGGCCUGGAGGUGCUGGUGUAAUAGUCAGCGUAUUCGGGCCCACAGGCGUGUGAAUCAAGUGAGCACGGCCGUGACCAACAUUGCUCCUGCUGCAUCCCCGUGGCCUCAGGAUGGCGGCGGACCAACUCCCGGAUCACUGCACCACGCAGAGCUUUUGACGGCUGACAAAAAGAAAAUGCAACUUCUUCGGUGGUAUUUUGUUCUUUGGGUUGCAUUCCUGGAAAAGGCAGGAGGUGGCCGCUUACCUCCGGACGGGAUUACAGGGCUUCUGUAA